AUGGUCAAAUCAGUCUUCGGAGGAGCUGCGCUCUCAGACACUGCGUACUUCAACACGCAAGAAGACCGUGCCAAACUCAUCGAUGUUUUGCUUGCCAACGGCGUCAAGAACAUUGAUUCCGCACGUCUCUAUGCUGGAUCCGAAGUUGCCAUCGGCCAACUCGAGAAGCGCAAGGACUUCAUUAUCGACACCAAGCUCCCUGGCGGUUUUGGUCCGCCCGGUGAACUCAAAAAGGACACUGUGAUCAAGUACUGCCAGGAAUCUAUUGAGCGUGCCAAGAUCGACCAGUUCGACAUCUUCUAUAUCCAUGCUCCAGACCCAACCGUUCCUUUUGAGGAGACCCUGGAGGGCAUGAACGAGGUGUACAAGAAGGGCAUCUUCCGCCGCUUUGGCCUCAGCAACUUCUCGGCCGAGCAAGUUCAGCAAGUCUACGACAUCGCGAAGGCCAAGGGCUACCCACUCCCGCAGGUCUACCAGGGUAACUACAACCCUGUUGCCCGACACUUGGAAACUCAGCUCUUCCCCACACUCCGCAAGCUCGGUAUGCACUUCUACGCAUACUCACCCCUUGCUGGUGGCUUCCUGGUUAAGACCGCAGCAGACCUCGAUGCAGGCGCCGGACGCUUCAACGAGCAAGCCAUGGGCAACAUGUACGGAAAGCUGUACGAUAACGAGACCAUGCGCAAGGCGCUCAUCAAGUGGAACGAGAUCGCCGAGAAGGAGGGUGUCACCAAGGCGGAACUCGCAUACCGCUGGAUGGCCUACCACAGCGCGCUUGAGGGAGACGAAGAUGGUGUCAUCUUCGGUGCCAGCAAGAUUGCUCAGGCUGAGCAGACUGCGCAGAGCUUGAAGAAGGGCAAGCUUAGCGAUGAGGCGGUCAAGGGCAUUGAGCAGAUUUGGGAGAGCGUCAAGGAGGUCGCUCCUGUUGAUAACUACCACAGUUAUGCUAAGAAGUAG